ACAUCUUUUUUCUCCCACCUCAUCGUUAACCUACUUUCCAACGACGGGACUGACGUUCCCCUUUGCCAAUUGAAGCCAUGGCUUCUUCCUCCUGCGCCAUGAGUGCGCUGCGUCCUGUCCAGUUCGCUCCCCGAGCCUCGUCGAUCUCGUUUUCGUCGGCUGCGACCACAAGGGCUUUCGCGACGUCAUCACAGAGGACUCUCAAGUUUGUCCCGACUUCGAGGCCUCACGCGCCCUCCAUCGCCAGGCAAACGACCCUCGCGCGCCAGUUCCAGCGUGCCUACGCCGAUGCCGCUGCCCUGCCAUCCCCCCAGAAGCCUGGCAAGGUUCGCACCACCUUCAAGUGGCUCUGGCGAUUGACCUACCUGUCGGCCAUCGGCCUUACCGUCGGAGUUGGCUACACAAUCUACGUCGACAGGAACCCCCAGCCUCAAUUUGAAGCGGACCCGACCAAGAAAACUCUCGUCGUCCUCGGCACCGGCUGGGGUUCUGUCUCUCUCCUGAAGAAGCUCGAUACCGAAAACUACAAUGUCAUUGUCAUCUCGCCCCGAAACUACUUCCUCUUUACGCCCCUGCUGCUUUCGUGCACUACGGCUGAGGCUUCCUCCAUCGACCCGGAACGCAAGGUUGUCAUGAUUACCGACAACUCCGAGGUCAAGGGUGCCACUUCCCAGACUGAGAUCCCUUACGAUAUGCUUGUCAUUGGCGUCGGCGCCGAGAACGCCACCUUUGGCAUUCCUGGUGUUCGCGAGAACUCGUGCUUCCUCAAGGAGAUUAACGACGCCCAGUCGAUUCGCAAGAAGAUCAUGGACUGCGUCGAGACUGCCGCUUUCAAGGGUCAGACCAACGAGGAAAUCGACCGUCUGCUGCACAUGGUCGUCGUUGGCGGCGGCCCGACCGGUGUUGAGUUCGCGGGCGAGCUUCAGGACUUCUUCGAGGAUGACAUCAAGCGUCUCGUGCCCGAUAUUGCUGAUCGUUUCAAAGUCACUCUGAUCGAAGCUCUCCCUAACGUGCUCCCGUCCUUCUCCAAGCAGCUGAUCGAGUACACUGAGAACACGUUCAAGGAGGAGAAGAUUGAUAUCCUGACCAAGACCAUGGUGAAGAACGUUACCGACACCACCGUCGAGGCUGUCGGCACCAACCCCGACGGCUCCAAGAAGACUAUCGUCAUUCCCUACGGCCUCCUCGUCUGGGCUACCGGCAACGCUGUGCGCCCCAUUAUCAAGGAGCUCAUCAGCAAGAUCCCCGCCCAGAAGGAUUCUCGCCGCGGUCUUGCUGUCAACGAGUACCUCGUCGUCCAGGGCACCCGCGACAUCUGGGCCAUUGGUGACUGCGCUGUCGCCGGCUACGCCCCUACUGCCCAGGUCGCCGGCCAGGAGGGUAGCUUCCUCGCCCGCUUGUUCAACAACAUGGCCAAGACGGAGGAGCUCGAGAGCAAGGUGCGCGAGCUCAGCAGCAACCUCAACGUUAAGCCUGGAAACUCGGCCGAGGCGGCGCGCGAGAUCGAGGCCUGCGAGCGCCAGCUGCGCCGCAUCAAGGACGUCAAGCCCUUCCACUACACCCACCAGGGCAGCCUGGCUUACAUUGGCAGCGAGAAGGCUGUCGCCGACGUCAGCUGGUGGAACGGCAAUAUUGCCAGCGGUGGCAGCUUAACCUUCCUCUUCUGGAGGAGCGCUUACCUCUCCAUGUGCUUCAGCACUCGUAAUCGCCUCCUCGUCAUUAUUGACUGGCUCAAGUCCAAGGCGUUUGGCCGUGAUGUCUCCCGGGAGUAA